AUGCGGCCACCACAAUCUCGAAACAAAGAUAAGCAGCGCCCGAUAAAGGUCGCCAGUAAUGGUGUCAACAACUACGAUCACUACAUUUAUGCACAGGAACAGAAACUAUCGCCGUUGCCCGAAAGCACAAACUUGGAGCACUUGUGCAAAUUGGACAUCCGGGAGGAGCCACGUCUGGUCCGGAAAACUGGAAUAAUCUGCACAAUCGGGCCAGCAUGUCGAGCGGUGGAAAAGCUGCAGGAAAUGAUUAUCAAUGGACUAAACAUUGCGCGCAUGAAUUUCAGUCAUGGUUCACAUGAGUAUCACGCGGAAACAAUAGCGAACGUACGAGCAGCAGCAUUGAGUUUCAGUGAGCCGCGACUGAUCGCCAUUGCUCUGGACACAAAAGGUCCCGAAAUACGUACCGGCCUUCUGGAAGGGGGUGGAAGCGCAGAAGUAGAGUUGGUGAAAGGAAAUCAAAUUCGGCUCACCACUGAUCCAUCAAUGGAAAGUUCCGGGAAUGCGCAGACCGUUUUCGUCGAUUACAAGAAUAUCACGAAGGUGCUAAGUGUCGGUUCGCGGAUUUUCAUCGACGAUGGCCUUAUGUCUCUCAUAGUUAAUUCCAUCGAAGGUGAUAGUCUAAUAUGCACUAUCGAGAACGGUGGUAUGCUGGGAAGCAGAAAGGGUAUCAACUUGCCCGGAACGCCGGUUGAUUUGCCUGCCAUUUCUGAGAAAGACAUCAAGGACCUGCAGUUCGGCAUCGAACAGGAAGUGGAUAUAAUUUUCGCAUCAUUCAUACGUAAUGGAGACGGCAUUCGCACGAUCAGGAAGGUACUUGGCGAGAAGGGAAGGCACAUCAAAAUUAUAGCAAAGAUCGAAAAUCAGGAGGGCGUCGAUAAGUGA